UCGCGGAGCCGCGGACUCAGUGAGGCGGCGGCGCGGCGGCAGCAGCUGGGCUAACGGGCUGUGGGGCGAGGGGCGCCCCUUGGGACCCCCGAGCCCCGGGGAGGAGGGGAGGAGGCGGGGAGUGCCUUUCCUGGAUGACCCCGGAGGACUCCAAGCUCCCUAGUUAAGGGCUUCUCAGCCGAAAGCCCUGGGGCCCCAGCGAAUCUUAUCCAAGCCCAGUACCUCUCAGCGCCCAGGAGCCCUCCCAGCUGCCGGCCACCGCAGUGACCAGUGUCUCGGCUUCCCUGAUUCCGCUCUCCCUUCUCCCCCUGGACUCUGUGUCCGGAGCCCCUGCGCUGGCCCCUGCCCGCCCUUGUUGGUUCAGGGGCGAGAUGGCUCGGGCAAGGCAGAGCGCAAGGACUCUGGCCUGGGCGCAAGGGGCUGCGCACCACUGAAAGCCGGGGUCCGAGAGGGAACCGGCGUUGGCGGGCUAGGCGGAAUGGAGCCGCCACCCUGCUCUAAGAAGAGCUUGUCUCUGUCGUUGCCGGGGGCUCGGGACGGCCAGGCCACGUUGAGGCCACCCCAGCACCUGUGGCGCCAGCCACGGACCCCGAUCCGGAUCCAGCAGCGUGGCUACUCUGACAACACAGACCGGGAGCGCGGAGCGCGAGGUGCACGCGGAGAGCCGGAGCGUGGGGACUCUGAGCGGGAGCGGGCCCCGCACCGACCCAUAGAGCGUGCAGAUGCUGUGGACACAAGUGACCGGCCUGGCCUGCGCAAGUCUCGCAUGUCCUGGCCCUCUUCUUUCCAUGGGACUUCGGCCACUGGCAGCGGCGGCAAGCGCUUUGAGGUGGAGAAUGGGCCAUCCCCAUCCCCAGGACGAAGCCCUUUGGACUCGCAGGCGAGCCCGGGGCUGGUGCUGCCCCCCAGUGCCCCCCAGAGCCAGCGCCGUGAGUCUUUCCUGUACCGCUCGGACAGUGACUAUGACAUGUCACCCAAGACCAUGUCCCGAAACUCUUCCAUUGCCAGUGAAGUACAUGAAGACUUGAUUGUGACACCCUUCGCCCAGGUGCUGGCAAGUCUAAGAAGUGUCCGAAGCAACUUCUCCCUUCUGGCCAAUGUGCCAGCCAUUGUUGGCAACAAGAAGUCCCCAAUGGGCAAUCAGCCAGCAGUAUGCAAGGCCACACUUUCAGAGGAGACAUACCAGCAGCUGGCCCGGGAGACCCUAGAGGAGCUGGACUGGUGCCUGGAACAACUAGAGACAAUGCAGACGUACCGGUCAGUGAGUGAGAUGGCCUCCCACAAGUUCAAGAGGAUGCUGAACCGUGAGCUGACGCACCUGUCAGAAAUGAGCCGGUCGGGCAACCAGGUCUCGGAAUACAUCUCCACCACCUUCCUGGACAAGCAGGCUGAUGUAGAGAUACCACCCCCUACACCCAAGGAGCAGGAGAAACAGCUUCAGCAGCGGCCACAGAGGCAACCCAUGUCCCAGAUCAGUGGGGUCAAAAAGCUCACACAUAGCUCCAGUCUCAGCAACUCUGGCAUCCCCCAAUUUGGGGUCAAGACUGACCAGGAGGAGCUGCUGGGCAAGGAGCUGGAAAACCUGAACAAGUGGGGCCUUAACAUCUUCCGAGUAGCUGAGUUCUCCAAUGGCCGAUCGCUAGGAUGUAUCAUGUAUACCAUAUUCCAGGAGAGGGACCUGCUGAAGACAUUUCAGAUCCCAGUGGAUACCCUGGUUACCUACAUGCUGACUCUGGAGGACCACUAUCAUGCCGAUGUGGCCUAUCACAAUAGCUUGCAUGCCGCUGAUGUGCUGCAGUCCACACACGUGCUUCUGGCCACACCAGCACUCGAUGCAGUGUUCACAGACCUGGAAAUCCUAGCUGCUUUGUUCGCUGCAGCCAUCCAUGAUGUUGACCACCCAGGAGUCUCUAACCAGUUCCUCAUCAAUACUAACUCAGAGCUAGCCCUGAUGUACAACGACGAGUCUGUGUUAGAGAAUCACCACCUGGCUGUGGGUUUCAAGCUGCUACAGGAAGAGAAUUGUGACAUCUUCCAGAACCUGAACAAGAGGCAGAGGCAGAGUCUUCGUAGGAUGGUCAUUGACAUGGUGCUGGCCACAGAUAUGUCCAAACACAUGAGCCUUCUGGCUGACCUCAAGACCAUGGUGGAAACUAAGAAAGUGACAAGCUCAGGGGUCCUGCUGUUGGACAAUUAUACGGACCGAAUCCAGGUCCUUCGGAACAUGGUGCACUGUGCCGACCUCAGCAACCCGACAAAGCCACUGGCACUGUACAGGCAAUGGACUGACCGCAUCAUGGAGGAGUUCUUCCGCCAGGGAGACAAGGAGCGGGAGAGAGGCAUGGAGAUCAGCCCCAUGUGUGACAAGCACACGGCAUCUGUGGAGAAAUCACAGGUGGGCUUCAUCGACUACAUUGUGCAUCCGCUCUGGGAGACGUGGGCAGACCUGGUUCACCCUGAUGCUCAGGAGAUUCUGGACAUGCUGGAGGACAAUCGGGACUGGUACCACAGGGCUAUCCCACAGAGCCCCUCACCACCCCCUGAAGAGCCACCUGGCCUGAGCCAGGACAAGUUCCAGUUUGAGUUGAUCCACGAGGAGGACGCAACAACCACAAAGACAGCUACCCUCCUGGAGGAAAAGGAUGAGCCAGCCCCCGAGGUGGGGCGGGUAGGCCCCGGCCACGGCCCGGAAGAGGGCAGCCUACCCGCCCCUAUCUCUACAAGGCCCCUGAGCCCGUCCCGAGCCGGAGCUAUUUAUCAGAGCUGUGGAAGUCCAGACGGGAUGGAGCAGGAAAAGCAGCAAACCCAGGAGCCCCUGGCCCCCGAAGAGGUGCAGAUCCUGCUGGCAUCGCCUUCGGAGGAGACCGAAGCAAGCGAGGCAGUGGCCGAGGCCAAGGCCGAAGCCCCCUCCCUGGCAGAGGAAGAAAUAGCAGAGGAGGCCCAGGCCCUAGCCAGUCCAGGGGACCUAGAGUGUCCAUCCUGAGCGUCAUCCCCCCGUCCCUGAUUUCUCCUCAGCCCUGGACUCCUCCAUCUCCACCAACCACCUCAACCUUUUUCCAGCAGCAGCAGCAGCAGCAGCAGCAUCUGUGGCGGCAAUGGCGGCGGCAGUGGCGGCAUCGGCAACAGCAGGAGCAGGAACAGCAGCAGCAGCAGCAGCAGCAGCCGCAGCAGCAGCAAAAACUUGCAGUUUCGAAAAAAAAGAAAAAAGAAAAAUAUUCUUCCCCCCCUUUUUCUUUUUUUUUCUCUGCUGGGUUUUUUGGUGGUGGGGACAGGGGUAGGGAAGGGAGGUGGAAGGGAAGGGGCUGAGGGUGGGGAGGAGGGGAAAUUGGGGAUAUUUUUUCCGUUUUUAACUAUGAAGUUUUUAUAAAAAAAAAAAAGAAAAAAGAAAAAAAGGGAUGAAACACACCAACUGUAGAUGCCCUUCCCCACCCAGCCUCUAGGGCUCAGUCUUCCUCUGCAUCGUCCGUGCCCAAGUACUAACUUCUAUCUUGUCCUGAUGUGAGUAGGUCUGGGGUGCCCCCUGCCGGGCAUAGCCAUCCUAGGGGGAACAAGGGGUCACUUAGCAAGAGGGGACCCCAUCUCCUAGCCAACACUCACCCCAGGCCACCACCUCCAGGAAGUCUUCCUCUUUAUUUUGCACAGUGAUUGGCAAUACAGUGGGGAGCAGGGCUGGGGUGAAGGGUGUGUGUGGAGGCUGGGCAGUGUGGUCAGCACCCUGAGCCGUUUUAUUUGCUCUUUUAAUUUUGCCAAAAACUUUGUGUGUGUGUGUGUGUGUGUGUGUGUGUGAGAGAGAGAGAGAGAGAGAGAGAGAGAGAGAGAGAGAGAGAGAGAGAGAGAGAGAGAGAGAGAGAAAGAUGGGGGGGGCAGGUUGGGUGAGACAGAAAGGGCAGGAAAGGCUGCCUCUCCUCCUCUCCUCAACCCCAACCUCUCCUUAGGCCUCACUUUUGCCUUUGGAGGGUGUGAUGAGUUUUCUUGGCCUCUGUAAUGGGGUGGUGGGGAAAGUUCUGCUUUCCUCCCACCUAGCUGCUGUUUGCUCUCCUUGUUUCUGCCUUAACCCCUCCCUGUGGCCUUGGGGGGACCGUGAGGGGAGCUGGGGAGCAGAGGGUCUGUGCUCAGGAGAUUGCAGUCCCCCCCACCAACCCUUUCCUCCCCCUCCCCAGCUGGCCCCCCAAGGGGGGGAGCUCCAAGCAAUAAAUCCCACCUGACUCAAACUCCCAACCCAACUCUUCUCCUUCUUCCUUUUCCUGGCAGCUCCAACUCCUGCCCCUUUGGGAACCAAAGCUGCCUCUUCUCCUGGUAACCCCUGUCCAUAUUUUCCAUCUGGCCUCUGUCAGGUGCCCCAACCACUGGGAGCUGAGGCUCUUGGGCCACAGGUUAGAAAGACAGGGCUCUCCCUCUCCAUCUGGAAGUGCCCAGGCUGGGAAAGAGGUGGAGUCUGCUUUUGGGGGACCCCCCAGGCUAUGGAGGUAGAAAAAGGGCAGUGAUGUUUCUUCUCCUUUGCUGUGCCUCUCCUUGCCAAUUCUGAUCAUACACAGUACUGUAGCAGCAACUAGCCCUUUCCUUUGUCCCUUCAUCCUUCUGUGGUCCUUUUCUGUCCAUUUCGGUCCUUCCGUUCACUUCUCUGGUUCUCCAUCUCUCCCCCCACUGCUUUCCUCAUCCAUAGUCAUUUCUGUUUAAUGAAAGAGCACAGGCCUUGGAGUGCUCAGAAAGACCUGGGUUCAAAUCUUGACUAGCAUUAGCUGCGUGGCCUUGGGCAAGCCUCAACUUCCUUCUCUCCAACAUGGAGAUAAUAAUCACUUACACUUCCUACCUCACAAGGUUGUUGUGAGGAAAGUACUUCGUAAACCUUGAUGCUCGCUAUAUAAAUGUGAGUUAUUAUUAUCACUCUCUUUCUCCCUCCCUUUUUUCUACUGUCUGCCGGUCCUUCUGCCUCAGUGGAUCCCAUUGCCAUUCCUCUUACCUCCUUCCUUCCCCUCCCCUGGGCUCUCGUACACAGGGUUUAUUUUUGUAAAGAAAGUGGUUUCUGUCCAGCUGGUAAAGGUGGGGGCUGUGCCACCACCUUCUGUACAUACUGUAAGGAUGGAUUGUAAAUUAUUCUCCAGCAGAUCAAAGGGAAACGGUUCCCCCCUCCCCAAGUCAUUCCCUUCCCACCCUCCUGUCCUUGCUCAUUCUGCCCUGUCCUGUCUUGGCCAUUGGGAGAGAGAAGAAGGGGUUGGGGAGGGAGGGGGGGCAGGGCAGGUAGCCUCCUGGUGAGGCAGCCCCCAGUGUAUUUAUACUGUGUAAAAUAGACAAGUGGGAGAAUAUAGAGUUGUUAUGAUCAUAAUUAUUAUUCUCAUGAAAUGUGUUGGUAGGAGGAAGCGAGGCAGAUCUUGCCCCUUCCUUCCUUACAGGGAUAGGGGGGAAUGGCCAGCAAUGGGGGAAAGGAAAGGGGCUCUUGGCCAUUGUCCCCAUACCCAGCCAACUCUCACCAAAGGCCCUGGAGCAGCUGGGUAAGGGGUAAGAGAAGGGUAGACUCCAGCACCCUUCCCUAUCAUCCCCAACACACCAUGGGCUCUGACCACCCCCCUGGCCUUGGAGGGAUGAUAGAGGGGUGAUUUGUGGUGGUGGUUGGUGAGGGCUCUGCAAUUCUCUGGUGUUUUGUCCACUGGACUAUCAGUGGUGUCUCCAAUUAAAGUGAGGCCUUAAUAGA